CUUGGAGGUUUUUUGCGGAGUCGCGCGCUCUGUUCAUUCCGCAUACACACACAUAUAUAAAGUUCACAGGCGCUACGGGCGUGGCCGCACUCAGCUAUAGGUUUAUGAGGUUUUUUUUUUUUUUCUUCUCCUGUGUCAGGUUGCGGCUGUGCUGUGAUGCCAGCUGUUUAAGGCGAGCGGAUAGAGGAUCAUAGCUGAGAGUCUGGGGGAGAAUUCCGCCUGAGUGCUUUAACUGAUCAGUGCGCUCCUGGGCGUUUGACUUCACGCGCACCAGUUGGUUCUCUCUGAACAUCUGACUGCAGCUGUCGCUGGGUUGAAGGCUUUAGCGCGCGAGACUAUUGAUCUGUCGUGAAAUUGCCUCGCGGCAACUUUGAGUGCGAGAGCUCCCUGCUUGCUGGUGUGUGGAUUUCUAAUGUCAUUCGGUUAAUGGAGCGUGGCAGGCCUCCUAUUGACCAUUUCCCGAGUGCAACUUUUUAAAAUUCGUGCCAUUUCUAUUGCGUUUGUAUCCGUCGCGUGCGGGCUUCUUCAUCAUUUCCGUUUCUGUUGAGUAUAACUGCGCUCGAGCCGCACGCUUUCCCGCUUCCCACCUCAGCGCCUCGACACUACCGUUGGUUUGUUUUUGACAUUUUUUUCGGCUUUUAAAAGCGCAGUCAGGCAGCGAGCUGGUAGUUUACUCGGAGCCAUGGGCUGUACGGUGAGCGCCGAGGACAAGGCGGCCGCCGAGAGGUCGAAAAUGAUCGACAAAAACCUCCGUGAAGAUGGCGAGAAGGCGGCGAGAGAGGUGAAGCUGCUGCUGCUCGGUGCUGGGGAGUCUGGAAAGAGCACCAUUGUGAAGCAGAUGAAAAUCAUCCACGAAGACGGCUACUCGGAAGACGAAUGUAAGCAGUACAGAGCUGUGGUGUACAGCAACACCAUCCAGUCUAUAAUGGCCAUCAUCAAAGCCAUGAGUAACCUCAAGAUCGAUUAUGGAGAUCCAGCGAGAACGGAUGAUGCAAGGCAGCUCUUUGCACUGUCUGCCGCAGCGGAAGAGCAGGGAAUUCUCCCAGACGACUUGGCCAACGUGAUCCGCAGACUGUGGGCUGACAGCGGGGUGCAGGGCUGCUUCAGCCGCUCCAGAGAGUACCAGCUCAACGACUCUGCUGCCUACUAUUUGAAUGAUCUUGAGAGGAUAGCACGAGCAGACUACAUUCCCACCCAACAGGACGUGUUGAGGACCAGAGUGAAAACUACCGGCAUCGUCGAGACACACUUCACUUUUAAAGACCUGCACUUCAAGAUGUUUGAUGUUGGAGGGCAGAGGUCGGAGAGGAAGAAGUGGAUCCACUGCUUUGAAGGAGUGACUGCCAUCAUCUUCUGCGUGGCUCUAAGUGCCUACGACCUGAUGCUGGCUGAGGAUGAAGAGAUGAACCGUAUGCAUGAGAGCAUGAAGCUCUUUGACUCCAUCUGCAACAAUAAGUGGUUCACAGAGACCUCCAUCAUCCUCUUUCUCAAUAAGAAGGAUCUGUUUGAGGAGAAGAUAUCCCGCAGCCCUCUCACCAUCUGCUUCCCUGAGUAUACAGGAGCCAACAAAUAUGACGAAGCAGCGAGCUACAUCCAGACCAAGUUUGAGGAUCUGAACAAGAAGAAGGACACAAAAGAGAUCUACACCCACUUUACCUGCGCCACCGACACCAAGAACGUGCAGUUUGUGUUCGAUGCCGUCACUGAUGUCAUCAUCAAAAACAACCUGAAGGACUGUGGGCUUUUCUAAUGACAAAGUCAGGGAACAUGCCAAGGAAGCAGCUGUGUGUGGUGCACCUGCAUUAGCGUCGGUCAUCACAAUGCCAGACUGCCUACAGCCAUCCAGAAGACAAACGCUGAAUUUUCCUGUAAUACCUUUCGGGGAGGGAGGAGAACAACGACCCACAACAAAGAGAAAACAUAUAUUGCAGAGUCCCACCUGUCACUGAAUUCCAAAAUAAUUUUUUUAUUCUUUUUUUUUUUUUUUUGUAAAUAUUUUUGAGGUUAUUUUCUUUAGAAUUAAAAGGCAGUAAAUUGUUUCUCUUUGCUCCUUGACUUUUGUUUUUGAGUAUGACAGUGCAACAGAAGAGAGUGAGGGGGAGAAUAUUUGAUAAAUUAACUUCCCUUUUCUUUAACGGAUUCAUAAAUCUUAAUAAACGGUCCUGCGUAAUAUGUCUUUUGUAAAAAGCUAUGUAAGCACAGAUUGGGAUCAAUACAACUUUUUUGCUUUGUUUUUGUUGUUUUUUUUAUCUACUUACAUGUGAGUUCCACAUUCCUGGCUUAACUGUGCAAUGUGCUGUGUGAUGGACCAAACUAUAAUGAAUUAUAAUAAAAGAAAAAGAACAAAUAGCUUGCUCUGGUUCAGCCACAGUGUGACACGCUUUCAGUAAUUUGUCUUAUGCAUUUAACAUUCUGAAAUUCUAGCUUCACUUUGCUCAACACUGUACAACUGUGACUAAUAUGUAAGAUGCAUAACUAUGUCUUCACUCGUCCUUUUGUGUUCCUGGCCCAACUCUUUCUUUCUGUUUUGUGCCUUGACUUCUGUUUUUUCACAUUGUCUGUAGAGAUUAGAGCAGUUUCAGUUUGCAGUAUCUAAUAAAGAAUUUAAACAUGAGGUUUGUGGUUUUAGGAGACAAUAAAAACGUGACCGCCAUCUGAUGAAUAAGAAAAUGCCAUGAAAUGUUUUAUUGAAAUAAAACUUGAUUUCACAACUGUGAA